AUGUCUACUUCCAACACGGCUCCGGCCAACCGCUUCGCCCGCCUGGCAACCACCGAGUUGCCCUUCGACCUGCUCUUCGAGCAUAUCCUCACAGUUCCGCCGCAAAGCAGACCCGCUGCUGGGCGUGGCCCUCGACGAAGAGGCGCUCAAGCCGCGCCUCUUCGCAAUCCACCUCCUCGAGGAGGAGAUGAAGUACCGCCGGCGCCAUCAAGUUACACUGAAAAUCUGGGAACUCGAAGUGAGCGUGAAGCCGGGAGGUCCCGUACUCAAACCACCACUCUCACACAAAGCACCACAAUGACCUCUACAUCCGCCUACGAAGACGCGAUUACUUUCGCGCGUGAGGUCGAAGAUCUCCACCAAUCCCUCGCACAAGCCCACGCCGCCCACGCCAAUGUCAAGAAGCUGGCCGAGUCCAACAACUUCCGUGUCGUUGACUGGGCUAUCCUCGAAGAGGGGAUACCCCUCGAUGCUGCCGAAGUCCUCAAGAAGCUUGAGGCAGACAUCAAGGACAAGGAGGCAGGUGUUGAAGCCGCCACGAAGGGGCUUGAAGAAGCUAUGAGUCGCCUGGACGAGGACGAGCGCCGCUCUUGGUGGCUGCAUUGCCAGCGCAGAAACUCCUCGGUGGAUUACUUGAAGGAGUAUGCUCCUGUACUCAAGGAUGAAGCUGCCGCCAAGGAUGAUGAAAUUGAGGAUGACGUGGAGUAG